AUGGCCAGUUCAGCCCGAGAACAUCUGCUUUUUGUGCGACGUCGCAACCCACAGCUACGGUAUACUCUGAGCCCAGAGAAUCUGCAGAGUUUGGCAUCUCAGGGCACCAUGGCUGAGAACAUGAACCUGCAGCGUGCCAACAGCGACACUGAUUUAGUGACCUCGGAUAGCAGGUCUAGUUUGACAGCUAGUAUGUACGAAUACACCUUGGGGCAAUCUCAGAACCUCAUCAUUUUUUGGGAUAUUAAGGAAGAAGUAGACCCGACUGACUGGAUAGGACUUUAUCACAUAGAUGAGAACUCUCCAGCCAAUUUCUGGGAUUCCAAGAAUCGGGGAGUGACUGGCACGCAAAAAGGACAAAUUGUAUGGCGAAUUGAACCUGGCCCCUAUUUUAUGGAAUCUGAAAUAAAGAUCUGUUUUAAAUACUACCAUGGUGUUAGUGGAGCCCUCCGAGCUACUACUCCAUGUAUCACUGUGAAAAACCCUGCUGUGAUGAUGGGAGUAGAAGGCACGGAUGAAGGUGCUUCUGGAGCCCAGCACUCUCGGAAGUUAGUCAGCUUUACCCUAUCAGAUAUUAGAGCAGUUGGACUUAAAAAAGGCAUGUUCUUCAACCCUGAUCCAUAUCUAAAGAUGUCCAUUCAGCCAGGCAAGAAAAGUACAUUUCCCACAUUUGCUCAUCAUGGCCAGGAAAGAAGGUCGACUAUCAUCAGUAACACAACUAAUCCUAUUUGGCACAGAGAGAAAUAUUCUUUUGUUGCACUUCUAACAGAUGUCCUGGAAAUUGAGGUUAAAGACAAAUUUGCCAAGAGUCGUCCGAUCAUCAAGCGCUUUCUUGGGAAGUUAACCAUACCAGUUCAGAGACUAUUGGAGAGACAUGCAAUUGGAGACCAGGUUCUCAGCUAUAAUCUUGGCAGAAGGCUCCCAGCUGAUCAUGUAAGUGGAUAUCUCCAAUUCAAAGUGGAAAUCACAUCAUCUGUUCACGAAGAUGCUUCACCAGAAACAGUUGGCACUUUGCUAGGAGUGAACUCUGUAAAUGGAGACUUGGGGAGCCCCUCCGAUGAUGAGGACAUGCCAGCAGGUCAUCACGAUACAUCCACAGUGUGUUCCAAUGGUCCAGUCCUCGAGGAAUCUUCUGGAGAAGCAAUCCUGAGACACCCUUUAAGGACUAGCGCAACUCUGGAAACGGACCAGGAUGAGUUGACCUCUGGAGCUUCAAGAUCAUCACCUAUCAGAGGUCGCCAGGACUCACUAAAUGACUAUUUGGAUGCAAUAGAACACAAUAAUCAUCCCAGACCCGGGACGUCUGCCUGUGGUGAGCGUCCACGUGGAGCCUCCCCAAAACUGAGGAGUAGCUUCCCUACUGACACAAGACUUAACGCUAUGCUUCACAUUGACUCAGAUGAAGAGGAGCAUGAGCUACAUCAAGACCUGGGUUUUCAGUCUUCCUUGGACGACGAUGGUGGUUUAGUAAUGCUUAAUGGUGCUACAAGAAAUGUUGAAAGAAAUGGUUUAAGUUACUCAUCAGAUCAGGUAAUGCAAGGGCCUGCAGAGAGUGAAAACGUUUCAGCCUCUGAAGCUCCUUUGCCAUCAACUGAUGACCAGCAAGAGACUCUCCCAGAGCUUCCACCGUCACAGUUAGCAGGAGGUGAAAGCCUGCAAGGUUCUCAAAGUGAAGCACCAGCAGACCAGGCUGGCAGUGAGUCGUGUGCCGCUCAGGAGGCAGAGCAACCUCCUAGAAGUGCAGAUGCAGGAGCUGCCGAUGCUGCUGCCGGGAGCAGAAGGGGCGUUAGUGAAACGGAAUCCAUUGAUCAAGGGUCUGAACCUUCCCAGAUGUCAUCAGAAACUGAGCAGAGUGAUCCUGCUCGCACGGAAAGCGUCAGUGAGGCUAGUACCCGGCCAGAAGGGGAGAGUGAUGUAGAAGGGGCAGACAGCUCUUGCAAUGAAAGCGCGACUGUGCGACGUUCCUCAGUUGAAAUGCGAUGUUCUUUUGAAAGUGCCAGGUUUCCUGAGACUCCAGCCUUUUCUUCUCAGGAGGAGGAAGAGGGAGCUUGUGCCACCGAUGCGGCUAGAAUUGAGCCAGGUGCUGAAACACAGGACUCUGCAAGUACUUCUGGUUCUCUACCUGUGGUACAGUUACCUCAGGAGGAAGUACAGGAGGCUGAGGCAGGUGAAUUACAAGACCAAGAGGAAGCAGAAGAAAUCUGGCAAAGAAGAAGAAGCCUGCAGGCGGCAGCUGCGAAUAGCCAGUCUCAGGAUGAAGAAACUGAAGGAGCUCAAGCAGCUUGUGAGGGUGCCACAGCACAGGUUGAAGGAGCUACUGGAGGUUCUCAAGCCAAUGGCCAUCAGCCCUUGAGGUCACUGCCUUCGGUACGUCAGGAUGUUAGCCGCUACCAGAGAGUGGAUGAGGCUCUACCACCAAACUGGGAGGCUCGAAUUGACAGCCAUGGACGGAUUUUUUAUGUGGACCAUGUGAACAGGACAACAACAUGGCAGCGACCCACAGCCCCUCCAGCCCCACAGAUUCUCCAGAGGUCAAAUUCCAUACAGCAAAUGGAACAGCUGAAUCGCCGGUACCAGAGCAUCCGAAGAACAAUGACUAACGAUAGGCCUGAGGAGCAUACAAAUGCCGUGGAUGGAGCUGGAGAGGAAACCGACUUUCACCAUUCUAAUGCAGAUUUUCGAAGAGAGAAUGUGCUGCCUCACUCUACCUCCAGAUCCAGACUUACUUUAUUGCUCCAGUCUCCUCCUGUGAAAUUCCUUAUCAGCCCAGAGUUCUUUACAGUGCUGCAUUCUAACCCUAGUGCCUACCGCAUGUUUACAAAUAACACGUGUUUGAAGCACAUGAUCACCAAAGUCCGGCGGGACACCCACCAUUUUGAGCGCUACCAGCAUAAUCGUGAUUUGGUGGGCUUCCUCAACAUGUUUGCUAACAAACAGCUGGAGCUGCCAAGAGGCUGGGAAAUGAAACAUGAUCAUCAGGGCAAG